AUGCCCAUGGACUACUGGAAUGGCACGACGAACGCCACGGUCAGCCUCGCGGUAAUCCGCCAACCAGCCAAAGUGCCCGUCACGGAUCCGAGAUAUGGCGGAGCUGUACUGACCAACCCUAGUGGUCUAGGAGGCUUGGGAGUCGAACUUAUCGUCGACGGUGUAGUCGACGCCUACGACUACCGCAAAGUCCUCUACCUCUACUACAACCCCUUACCCGUAAUCGGACCCUACCUAGACAUUAUAACCUAUAGCGACGUCUACGCCCUUAUCUUCCAAGCCCUCUACAAACCUAUCGCCAAGCUCCUACUCGUCGUAGACAUCCUAGCCGACAUCGAGAAAGGCAACGGAACCCGCUUUACCGAAGUGCUAAAGCCGUAA